AUCAUGUUACAUUUAAGUGAUAGCGAUAAUGAGGAUGAAAAUUGUAUACAAAUUCGUCGCGAGCGCAGAAAUUUGAGGAAUAAUUCAAAAGACAUAUUGGAAAUGGAUGAUUAUAAUUUCUUCAAAAAUUUUCGCAUCAACAAAGGAUCAUUUAUAUACAUUUUAGAGGAAUACGAAAAUGUAUGUGGAAAUGAUAAGAGACAAGGUUCUCUUUCUCCGAAAAUAAAACUUUCCGAUGUAACACCACUACAUCUGAAGCCCAAACUAUUGAAGCUGGAGUACCACAUGGCAGUGUUCUGGGCCUAA